AUGCAACUCGACAUCCGCAGCAUGCUACGUCACUUCGGCUUCGAGGCCGACCUCCGUACCCAGUGCAUCAUUUUGGCGGGCAUCCUGACCGCUGUGUUGCCCCUGGAGAUCCACCACCUUCUUGCAAUGGUGUUGGGGGCAGCGGGGUACAUGUUCCUUCAACAGCUUGAGCCCUCGGUGCGCCGGCGGUCCGAGCUGCUGGAGGUCAAGAAACCGGUGCGACGCUCCGCUGGCUCCGCUGGCUCCGGCGUAGGUGCUGAGGAGAAGAUGGAGAAGGAGAACGCCGAGCGUGUAGAACGACGGCCCAAAGAAGUGAAGAAACCCAGUGUCGUCCCAGUCCAGGCACCCAAGUUUCAAGCCAUCGGCUGGGACGCAGAGGUUGCAGAGUUGCUGCAGAAUAUCGUGUUGACCAGCAGCGUCCGAGCCCAUGUGGAUUCUAUCACACAGAGUCCUGGCCUGGCACAGGACACAGUGCGUCAGUGCCUGCUGUGGCCUCAAAGGAGCGCCUUUGUAGGCCAAACAAUGCAAACACACAUGCCGUGUUGUGGGGGAUCGACUCAGUCUUCCGGCUGUGGUGCGCGUGCGUCGACCGGGAGGAGAGGAUCGGGCGGGAUCGACGGCCUUCCCAACUGA